CUUGUAGGAAACAGUUAUUAUUUACCAACUCAAAUUUCCUUUGUACAACAUCCUUUUCGUCUAGAAUAGCUACAGAAGUACAACAACUGAAUUUUCUGAAAUUGAAACUGAAGACAUACAGAGGAAACAAAAGCAGAAGCACUGAGAACGUCACCUGAAAUUUGCAGCUGUCUCCGGCUAAGAAACCAGUUCAAAGCCAGAGGAAGGUCUGAGUCUCAGAACUGGGAUGCCCAGCUGCUUCUCCAGCCUCUCCUCACCCUGUGGGAUUCACAGACGAACACUCCUGCCUGCCCACACGCUGAAGAGCUAAGAGGAACCGCGACCGGCGCCUCCGGCCCUCCGCCAGCAGCACCAGCUUCCCAUCACAGGAAAUACCCACACGUUUCAUCGCUUCUCAGCAGCGCGCUACGGGAGCCGGGGGCAAGACGAAGCGCAAAUGAAAGCCACAACCAACUUCAGCUAUGCUAGGAACAACAGCAACUGCACCAGCGAUAGCAGAAUCAGUCAAGUCAUUUUUCCUUUGCUUUACACAAUUCUGUUCCUGGUGGGUCUCACCAUGAAUGGCCUGGCAAUGUGGGUCUUCUUUAAAAUAUCCAGUAAAUCUAAUUUCAUCAUCUUCCUCAAGAACACUGUCAUUUCUGACUUGCUUAUGAUCUUGACUUUUCCAUUUAAAAUCCUGAGCGAUGCGAAGUUGGUAUCAUGGGUACUGAGAGGAUUUGUGUGCCAGGUCACCCAGGUUGUAUUUUACUUCACCAUGUACAUCAGCAUUUUGUUUCUUGGUCUAAUAACUAUCGAUCGCUAUCAGAAAGCCUCUUCGCCGUUCAGAACAUCAACACCAAGGAGCCUUUUAGGUGCCAAGAUCCUGUCCACAGCUAUUUGGAUAUCAAUGUUUGCUCUUUCAUUACCCAACAUGAUUCUAACAAACAAAGAGAAAACACUUGAGAACGUAAAAAAGUGUGCUCGCUUGAAAUCCAACUUUGGCUUAGUCUGGCACGAAACUGUAAACUACAUUUGUCAACUUAUCUUCUGGAUUAAUUUAGCAGUCAUAGUUGUAUGCUACAUACUCAUAAGUAAAGAACUGUACAAAUCAUAUAAAAGGACAAGGUGCACAGGAAAAGCAUCCAAAAAGACUGUAAAUCUGAAGGUUUUCAUCAUUAUUGCGGUGUUCUUUAUUUGUUUUGUGCCGUUCCACUUCACUAGAAUCCCCUACACAUUGAGCCAAACAAGAGACGUGUUUGAAUGCUCUGCUCGGAACACCUUGUUCUAUUUAAAAGAGAGCACUUUGUGGCUGACAUCACUAAAUGCUUGCCUAGAUCCAUUCAUAUACUUUUUCCUUUGCAAGUCAUUUAGAAAGUCCUUGCUAGACAUGCUGUGCAAACACACAGCAUUGUCAGAACUCAGAGCUCAGAUGAAGGAGUCGAACGAAGGAGAUGACACAGACGAGACACCACUCUAGAGCUAAGAACUACCCAUAUCCCUUCUCAGCCACGUACGUUUAUUGGUGGGAGGAAGCAACACAAAAUCCUGUGAAGAAUAUAUAGAAUUUCACCAACUUCUUCAGAAAUUGGUCCUACAGACAAAGCACAAGCACCCUGGAACCCACCAUCACUGGCUGCAAAAAUGGUGAAACUAGAGAGCUUGAAAAAAGCCCAGAGCACCAACUGAUCACAACCUCCACGCUCGUCAGAACUGCUAGGAAGAAGUUUGAACUUACAAUUGGGGCUGAAAGGAAAAAAUUAAUACAAUGUCAUGAAAUGCUACAGACGAAAUUAUGAACUGCAAAGAUUUUGCAGAAAUGGCUUAACUUGGGCCAGAAUAAAGUUCAUAAUAAUACAGGAUCUGGGAGAUGCAAUUAAAAUCCACAGUAAGCGUGAUAUUUUAAAUACAGGGAGUUGUCACCUUGUAUGCAACUGGCAGACAACAGAAAUAGGACAUAUGUAGAUAAGCUAUUUAUCUGUGCGGAUUUUUGGUAACAGAAUAACAUUUUGUUUAUCUCAUUAUAUGCUUGCAGUUCUUAAUCCAUUGACCAAUAAUUAAUAGUUGUAUGUCAGAGGAAAUUACUUCAUAAUCAGACUUAUCUUUAUGUGAAUUAAAUCUUCAAAUACUUCACCUUACUAUAUGAAAAAUAAACAGAAAUGUACACUUUUA